GAAGGCAGUAACUACUUCCAUCGGAUUGGCUGAGCGGUUGUCAGGAGUGUUUACAAGAAACAUGGCUUCUGUGUCUGUUGGAGAGCUUCAAGAAAUGGAAGUGGAUCGAAGGGGUGAGUCUGAGGAGUCUGGUGAUGAUGAGACCAGAAGAAAGAGUAUCAACGGCGACGUUGACCCAAGUCAGCCCACAGGCACAAGUAAAGAAGAGUCCCCUGUUGACAUGGACACUAUAACCUUGGAUCCAGAGGAAGAGGAUGUUGAUCUUGUUCAUUGUCGUAUUGGUAAAAUUGAAGGACUGGAGGUGCUACAGAAGGCUAAAACGCUAUCCUUAAGACAGAACCUCAUCAAAAAGAUAGAAAACCUUGAGAGCUUGAGCUCGCUGCAAGAACUAGAUCUCUAUGACAAUCAGAUCCGCAAACUAGAGAACCUGAGCAACCUCAAAGAAUUAGAGCUGCUCGACGUUUCCUUUAACAUUUUGAGGAAAGUGGAGAAUUUGGAGGAGUUGACUAAGCUGAAAAAACUUUUUCUGGUUCACAACAAAGUCACUGCCAUCUCCAACCUGGACCACCUCACAGGUCUGGAGAUGCUGGAGCUGGGCUCUAAUCGCAUUAGGGUCAUCGAAAACCUGGAUGCUCUUUCGUCUUUGCAAAGUUUGUUUCUUGGAACCAAUAAAAUAACAAACCUUCAGAAUCUGGACAGUUUACACAACCUGACUGUUUUAAGCAUUCAGAGUAACCGGAUUACUAAAAUCGAGGGCCUGCAGAACCUGGUCAACCUGAAAGAGCUUUAUCUGAGCCACAAUGGCGUUGAGGUCAUAGAAGGCCUGGAAAACAAUAAAAAACUCACCACGCUGGAUGUUGCUGCCAACCGAGUAAAGAAAAUUGAGAACAUCAGCCAUCUGACAGAGCUGCAGGAGUUCUGGAUGAACGACAAUCAAAUAGACAACUGGUCAGAUCUUGACGAGCUCAAGAAUGCCAAGUCCCUGGAAACAGUGUAUCUGGAGCGGAACCCUUUACAGAAAGAUCCUCAGUACCGAAGAAAGAUCAUGCUGGCACUGCCCAGCGUGCGCCAGAUCGACGCUACCUUUAUUCGUUUCUAAACUGCAGUGUACGACCCACCUGCCAAACCUCUCUGUGUUUCACCUCACCUCCCUGCCUGCCCAGCCCAGCCCAGCCCAGCCCACUAAAACACCUCCUCAGACAUAAUGGCCGCACUAUAUCAUAAUGUCACUCCAAAAAGGAUAUACAUUCCAGCACAGAAGUCACUCAACAUACAUGUAUGCAUGUAUGCACUCAAACAAACUUCGAUCAAUGUUAUAGUGUGCAAGCUUUUAUUUAUUACGGUAGAACUGUGAAAAUGGAAAACCACCCUACUCUCAUUUGAUAAUGUUUCCUCUGUACUUUGUUGGGUUUUUUUCUUCUUUUGUUUGAGUUUUAUUUGCAUGUGAGAUACAGUUAGGUGCACCAGACCUGCUGUGGCCAUCAGGAAAAUGAGGAGUCAUUCCUACCUAACACAUCAAUGAAGUUGCAUUGUUCUCAUAUUCGUGGGAAGGGAGGCAAAUAUUAAUGUUUUGGGGAUUUUUUUUCUUUUUUAUGUUUUUCACAGUGAUGCUGUUUGCAUAAGUGAACCGGUAGAAAAGAGCAAUUCAGGAUCAAACAUUUAAAGGGAAAUUGUAUGAAAAUUAAACGUAGAAUCGACAUACUUGGUUUUCUGAAUUCUGCUUCAGCUUAAGGCAUAUCCUGAUCUAGAAAAUUUAGAAAAACAAAACGCAGAAACCAAAGCCUUAAAACAUCAUAUGAGCUAUAACAACAUUUAAUUUCCCUUUGGGAUUAAUAAAGUAUUUUUGAAUUGAAUUGAAUCUGAUAAAUAAAAGCAGCCCAAAAGACAUAUGCAGUCUUUUUAGCAACAACAUAUUUUACUUGUGUGCCGUUUUAAAUAAACUGACGUCACAAAGGGACAUCUUUUGAUGUCCGGCAGCAUUGUUUAUUCCUUCAAAUAUUUUCGAACACAGAUUAACAAUAGAGACCUCCGCAGUAAAUUAGCACUCAUGAGCAUUUAAGAAACUCUCCAUGCAGAUGCUAUCAGUGGUCCCAUCACACUUUUUUGUUCUGAAGAAUUCAAACCUGAAACUGUUCCUGAUUACAGCCUUUGGUCUCAUUUAUUUUCAGCAGGUGGUUCAUUCACUUUAUUUAAACGCCUAACAAUAAAAUGUAGAUUGUAUCAUAAUUAAAUGUAUAUUCCAGUGGCUGGACGAAUCUCACAAAGUUUACAAAUGCAAAAUAAACUCGGUGUUGGCACAAAGACAAAUACGUUUAGAUAUGAAUAUUCUGCCAUUAGGCUUUUGACCAGUAGGAUGGCUUAAAAUUCAUAAAUCUCAGCUAUCCAUAGUUGCUUUAGGAUUGUUUAGCUCGAAUAGCAACAAGACCACCUGAAUCUAUAAGAAAUUAUCUGUGAAGUUUCUUGUUUAUAAGUCUUGGGUGCUCAUGAAUAACUCCCUGGUCCAACUGACUAGUGACAUAUCUUUAACAGAAGAAGUUGUCACACCUCAGGGAUAAAAGAUCGCAGAAUAACUCCUCAGAAAAAAAACAAAAAUUAAAUGAAAAGUGCUAAACUAAGUGCACUUGUUUUCUGCCAGCUAACCUCUGUAUGUCAGUGGUCUUUAAUGGAUAAGUUGGCCCAAUUUAAUAUAUCACUUUAUAGGCUUACAAAUGAUGAGAUAAAGUUGUAAUUUAUACCAUAGAAUAGGUCAUUUAGAUGGCAAUUCAGUUUUAAAGGAAGCACCUUAUUACUUUUUAAGGCUUAAUGUUGAUAAUUAGAGAUUCAUUAAAUUAGUUUCAGGAGCUAACUAUGAGCCUGUAUAAACAGCUAUGGACCCAUAUAAAACCAUCAACACGGUCAUUAUACAUAACUGAUAUGAAUGUACUUUUGUAUUCAGUUUACUUAAAUUAACGGAAGAAACAUCAAACUGAAUUGGAAGUGCCACGAUGUGUAUUUGUAAAUACUGGACAUCUCAUCACGUAGAUGGCCUGUGCCAUCAUCACCUUUCCUUUGUAUAGUGAUGUUUUACUGUGUUUUUUGUGCCAGGCAGCACAGCGGAUUCAUGUGAGAUUCAGAAAAGGAACAGAACAGAACCUCGCUGGUCAAGUAGGAGUGUUAAAACAAACUGCUUUUUGCUCCUUGUCAGAACUGAGUCCUUGAGACUUAGUCGAUGCUCUUUGCAAAAUGAAUGUAAUAUGCAAAUAACAAUAAAGUGACACUACUAAAGAAGAAAA